ACUUCCCAAACGUCAUGUCGUUUUGCUGCUAUCACUGUCCCGAAUGUGGUUACCGCGUUGCAUCACGGGAUCUCUAAGAUGGCGGCCGCCAUGAAAGUUUUGAACUUGCAGAAAAACAUUGUGUGUCAAACUGGCAAACACACUGCUUCUGUUAUCUUUUUGCAUGGCUCAGGUGAUACGGGAGAGGGUGUGUGUUCUUGGAUUCAAGAUCUGAUAGGGAAUGGGUUGGUAUUUCCUCACAUCAGAAUGGUGUUCCCUACAGCUCCACCAAGACCCUACACUCCAAUGAUGGGCCAGAUGACUACAGUGUGGUUUGACAGACAUAGGAUCUCACCAGAUGUGCCUGAUCACAUGGAGUCUGUGGACAUCAUGUGUGAACACCUCAACAGACUGAUAGAAGAAGAGGUCAGCUCUGGCAUCCCAAAGGAAAGAAUAAUCUUAGGUGGUUUCUCCAUGGGCGGUGCCAUGGCCAUGCAGGUGGCCUACAGACUUCACCUUUCUGUGGCAGGUGUGGCAGCUCUGUCAGCUUUCCUCAACAAUGACUCUGCAGUAUAUAAGGCAGUAAAGGAAGCUAACAGCCCCUUGCCAGAGCUAUUUUUGUGCCAGGGAGGGAAAGAUCCUCUCGUGAUGCCAGAGUGGGUGAAGCAGACCCAUCGCAUGAUGGAUGGUUUGGGAGUGCCAAGCCAGUUUCACUUCUUCCCAAAAAUGUACCAUGAAAUGUGUGUUCAAGAGCUAGAAUUGUUGAGGACAUGGAUCCUGAAAAAGUUACCUUCAUGAUACAUGAACAGAGACUCGACAUACAUGUAUUUAAUUCAAAGUUGUGUAAUCUGAAAGGUCUCCUUGAGAACACUUUUGCAAGUGUUCAUUUUAACGAAUUCGUCUUUUAGAAGGGGCGUAAAACGGGGGUCCCAUGUUCAAGGAGGUGCCUCAAGCACGUAACUCAGCCUCAUUACUUAAACAUUAGGUACCUGGUGGCUGCAAGUACAAAUGUAAUACACCAGAUGUAUAUAUAAUGUAUGAAGGAAUGAAUGUAUACAAAAUAUAUUCAUUAUGGCAAUAAAUGUGUAAUAUCUUUAUGUAUAAGUAAGUUAUCCUGCAACAUGGCAAUAAAUUAUAUCAGCUUGAUAUGAAGCCACUUGCUAUGAAUGUUAAUGUUUCCUAAGUUUUGGAAAAUUAAACAUUUAAAACAUUAAAAUAUUAGAAAGGGGAAGCACACAUGAAAUACUGGUACAGAACAUGUACUUGAUUUCAGAUGCCACCUGCAUAACCGCCUGUCUGACUUAAGCUACAUGUAUGGAACUGAUGGUAAUGAUUAUCCAAGAGGUGCAUGUAAAUGAUAGCCUGGGUACCAUCUGAACAGUAGUUCACUCCUAUGUUUGCUUCUGCUUCUUGUCUGGGGAACUGUAUAUUCAAAUCUUUUGGUUGUGACAUCAGUUAAUGAGUUCUAGAGUGCUCGUUCGAACAGGUGUUCCAACACCAUGAUCAGUUAACUACUAGUAUGUUUAGUGUCUUGUAUAGCAGAAGCAAAUGACUACCUGGAUGGGACCAAUUAGUACCCUCAUCCAAAAUUUGACAAAAAUUGAACAUUACAGUCAAGCGUUGGAGAUGUCCAAGUUCACAGAUGGAAUAGCAGUGAAAUGACUGUAGAAAGUGUAAAUAAACGUUGGAGUGAACUACUAACCACCAUGUUGAUGAUGUAGUUAACGUAAUUGGCAAACUAACAGUAACAAGAUAAUGUACUGAACCCUUUCCAAGUGCGGUUGUCAUUCAGAUGCAUAAGCAUCUGCAAUGUAAACAACUCAUUGCUCACUGUUUAUUCUCAUCUAUGGCCAUAUGUAACUUGUCCGUAAAAUGCUUCUUUUUUUUUUUAAAUUUCUAGUGAGUGAGCUGUUAUCAAUAUUUUUUCAGUCAUCCUUCUUGUGUAAAUUUUCUGUCCUUUUAACAUUAUGCACACCUCACAUGAUAACUAUCAAGACCAAAAAUAACAUUCACAGGUGUCAUCAUUUCUCUCAUCAUACAUGUACUUUCAUAUGUUGCCAAUAUCAAGUAUGGAUGGUAAUUAUGAAAGAAAACUGCUAAUGUUACGUUACAUAUGUGUAACGUUACUAGUACUUGUCGAUUCCAGUCAAUUCAUCUAGCUAUGGUGUAAUGAAAAACAUGAUUUAAGAAGAUGGAGAGGCAUGUAAAACGACAUAAUAAAUCAA